AUUUUAUAUUAGUCAUAGAAUGUGUGUAGACUUGGGGAUAAUUUGAACAAUAAGUUUGCAGUUUAUCGUGCGAAAUUUCUAACGUUCCAGUUAUUCGCAAGAAAUCGCUCGGCUGUUAAAUUUUCUAAAAGUUUGUGAUCGAAUCCCAUCGCAUCGCUUCGAUAAGUUGAUCAAAUAAAGAUGGAGCUUAUAGAUAAAAAGGAUCAUGAUUUGAGGAAAAUCAUCACUUAUAAGUUCGAUGUUAAAAAGGAGGAUAAGAUGUCGAACAAAGAUCCUAACGCCAUUAGGUUUCGACAAAUAAUUCCUUCAGUGUGCGCGUCUCUUGUGGGUCUCCCGUUUGGUUUGAUGUUGGGUUGGCCUUCUCCUACCAAUCCCAUUCUUAUGGAUGCGGAUUCACCUAUUCCAAUCACGAUGGAUCAAAGCGCUAUGAUUGCGGGUUUUUUGAUGAUCGGAAACGCAUUGGGCACACCGUUUUGUAGGAAAAUAUUUUUUAAAAGCAAAUUUGGUAUUAUCGUAGGUAUCACUUUAAUCACAUCAGGAUGGAUUUUAAUGUGGCAAGCACAAAAUAUCUUUUGGUUAUUGGGAAGUAGAUUGCUCGUCGGUUUCGGCAACGCUUAUGGUUACGGACAACUGAAGAUUUAUAUACAAGACACUUGCGACGAAGAUCUCGGAAUAAUUUUGAUAAAACUAACGAAUUUGUACGUUUUACUAGGAAUUAUAAUCAUAUUUUCAUUUGGUCCUUUCAUUGAUUUCAGACAAACUUCGGUCGUUUGUUCACUUAUAUCUUUUAUAGUGUUUUUCGUUUUGCUUUUACUACCGAACCAAGGAAACGCGCGUGUAACCAAACAGGUUAGUUUAUUGAGUUUAUUUAAAGAUAAGACUGUUAGAAUAGUUUUUUUAAAAUUCAACGUUUUAGUAUUUUGUCAACAAUUCACUGGUGCUCCCGCUACUAUUAUUUAUACGCAAAUUUUAUUCAGGGAAUCCCACUGUUCGUACCCGCAAUAUUUAGCUAUAGCUUACGCUAUAGUACUUUUUAUUUGUAAUGUUAUUGGAAUAUUUUUGAUUUUAGUUUUUAAUAAGCGAAAACUUUUGUUGGUUUCGACUUUUAGUGUGAUUUUAACAGUUUUAAUUCAUAUUUUAAUCUUGUAUUUUAACGUGAACAAUGUUUAUUGGAGUUAUACUUCUGCUGUAGUUUUAUUUUCGUUUAUUAUUGUACAUAGUUUGGGGUUAGGAAGCGUUCCUGUGACUCUUAUUCCGGAUUUGUUUCCAGUUUCUUAUAGGGAUUGUGUAACACACGUUUACAUCGUGUUUCAUUCAUUGUUGGCUUUGUUGAUAACGAAAAUAUUUCAAAUAUUAUUAACUAAAUAUGAUGUAAAAACGCCUUUCUAUCUUUUUUUGUGUAUUAGUAGUUUCGCUUUUAUUUUUAUCUAUUUUUUCAUGUGUGUUGAAACUAGAACUGAAGUUACAUUUAAUAAAAAAAAUGACAAAAUAAAAAUUGAUAUUAAUACUUGA